GCUCAACAGAUUCCUUCCUAGCGCAGGGGACCUUUACCUUCUACUACACCAUGGUGCACAACAAGACUGAUCACAAGUUCUCGAGCCCCCGUCUUGAGUGGGAUGCCAAAGAGAACUACCAGCCAUGCAUCAAGCUCUCUUUCUUCUUCAAGAAGCUUCCGUACGUGGACGAUGAUCACUUCCAGAUGCACUACAACCACGUGCAUGCCGACUUGACUGUGGCUUCGAAAGAGUUCAACGUCGUCAAAAUUCAACGAUAUGUGCAGACGUAUCAAACCCCAGCUAUGAAGGAGAAAAUCAGAUCACUAGGCAUGGAGCUUUUGGAUUACGAUGCGUGUAGUCAGAUCUGGGUCAAAUCGUGGGAGGAUUGGGAGAAAUUCUCGUCGAGCCCAGAGUAUGCUGCCGCUCUGAUGCCUGAUGCGGACCACUUCAUGGACUACAAGACGAGCGGUAUUAAGGUCUUUGCAGGGUAUGAUAACAUCGUGUUUGGGAAGGCGAUCCCAGACUGCGAUGCUACGGAUGGGCUCACCCGCGACAAGGGCCACGUCUCCGCGGGCCUAUAGUCUGGACCCAUGGCCACGACACUGGCUUCUUAGUUACCAGCCAUGCGGAGGCGAUAUGCAGAUAGGCGAUCCUUGCGUCUUUCUCCACGCGGCGAAAGCUUUUACACUGCACGCGGACGUGGGUCAGCCACCUUUUCGCAGU